GUGACUGGUCUCUGUUCCGUUCGUGCUCACUGCACACACGCUGCACCACGCAGCUCGAAUGAAAUUCGGCCGAGAGAGAGCAAAGCGCUGCUGGCAGUGGAAAGCCACGAACCUCGGCCUCGCCCUGCUGAAAGGCAGAGUACCCUUUCACCUGCUCUCAGCUCCUCACACCGUCGCACGCACCACCACCACCUCACCCUUUUUGGAUUCUUCUUCCCAGGCAUCGCCUGUCUUGGCCCAAGCCCCACCUCCUUCUUUGUGGAAUCCUAAAUUCUUGCCUCCCCUCUGCUUCUUCCACCUGCCUCUCCAACUAGGGAAAGGAGCAAGCGGCAGCAGCAAGCCAGCUAGGCAGAGCUAUCAGCAGCCGCGCCCACUCCCGCCUCCCGCUUCUCCUGCUCCAGUCCUGGCCGGUGACCUCGCUCCCUCCCUCUGCGAUUUGUUUCUAUAUAUGCCUGCGCGCCUCCCUCCCAGGAGUAGGUAGUUUGGUGGAUGGGAGCCGAGGCAAUGUCGUCCCACGGCAGCAGGGUCGGCGGCGGCGGCGGGGCCCUGUCGCGGCAGGGCUCGGUGUGCAGCCUCACGUUCAGCGAGGUGGAGGGACAGCUGCACGGCGUCAACCUGGACGACCUCCUCCGCUCGGGCAGGAAGACGGCGGACGAGGUGUGGCGGGACAUCCAGGGCGCCGCCGCCGCCGCGGCGGCCUGCCCGCGGGCCCAGAUGACGCUGGAGGACUUCCUGUCCCGCGGCGGCGGCCCGCCCGCCGACGCCGCCGCAGACACGGACACGGGCUCCGGCGCCCGCGGCUGGGCGCAGCAGCUGUACCAGCCGGCCCCGGCCCCGGCCCCGCUGGAGCUGGGCCGCCACCACCCCGCCGUCGGGCGUCCCGUGCCGCGGCCGCUCGGCGCGGGCGCGGGGCCGGUGCUGGACGCGCUGUACCACGACGGCCAGGACGCGGUGGCCGGGGCGAAGCGUGUCGCCGGCGAGGGCGGCGUGGCGGAGAGGAGCAACGAGCGGCGCAAGAAGCGGAUGAUCAAGAACCGGGAGUCGGCGGCGAGGUCUCGCGCGCGGAAGCAGGCGUACACGAACGAGCUGGAGAACAAGAUCUCGCAGCUGGAGGAGGAGAACGAGCGGCUCCGGAGGCACAAGGCACCGGAGCCGGUAGUGCAGUAUGUGCCGCAACAGGAGCUGAAGAAUCGGCUCCGGCGGGCUAACUCGGCCAACUUCUAAUCGUGUUAAUUGUAGUAGUGGGCUGUCCUGGAACUAGGCUGUUCAAGUUGUAACUGCCCUUCGGCCUGUUGGGAACACUCAUCUACUAGUAGUAGUAGUAGUUUGUAAGAACUCUUCUAUGCAGUCUCCAAUUUGCAGAAUGGAUUGGCUACUGUUGCAAACCAUUGUACUCCUACCAUGCUGUUGUUGUGGCAAUCUUGCUUCCAACUGAACUUGCAACAGUGCUCUAUGGUUUCCCAAGGGCAAAACAAUGUGGGUUCCAUCUAUCUUUCA